AUGAACAGAGACAACAUACCAAUGGAUGAAGCUAGAAGAAUGAAAGCGUUUGCGGUGCAGAAGUACAAGAUCGGCGAUAUUGUCACAGCGAAGCAGUGCGCUUGGAGAGCAAAACAUCUGAAUCCGAACCUUCGUGGUAUUCAACGCCUCAACACACUUCUUGACGUGAAAAUCGGAUUCCAAAAGAGAAUCAAGGGCACCGACAUGGUUGAUUGGUACGCUGUGUUGGGGGUCAAACCAACCGCCGAUGUUGAAACAACCAAAAGACGCUACAGAGAAUUGUCUACCGACUUGAUCAUGGACGUUGACAGUGAAGACUCUCUGGACAGUUCUGAAGCAUUCAACAUAUUGUCUCAGUCCUGGAAAGUGGUGUGCGUUGAAAAGAAGAAGCAAUAUUAUGACAGGAAACGCGAAAUACAACUACGACUACAACAUUCUUCAUCAUCAUCGUCAUCGAUGAGUCGUGCUAAUCCAUGCAGCUCCAAGAAGAAGCAGGUCAGGAGAGCGAGUCAGUCUCCGAGCAUGAGCUUGACUUCUUCUACUCCGGUGGUUUCUCCAAGUAUGAUUGGAGCUGCCUUGCUUGACAAAGGUAAAAAAAGUGUUAUGCAGGGUCUUUACAUGUAUGGUCUUGCUUCUGGAGAGAGUAACGUUAGUUCUUCUCUUGGAGCAACAAAGAUCCCUCAAGACUCAAAGAGAAGCAAUGCUGCGAAGAGAGUUAGGUUUGUAAGCAAGGACACUGAUGAUGUUGUUAUGCUUGAGAAUGUGUUCAAGAAACCAGAGGAGAAAGCUGUUGGUGAUGAUGAGAAGCUUUAA